GCUCCUCCCAGAAGGAUCAUGGGUGGAGGGUGGAAUAAGGGAGGCAGAUGCACGGCCGCUUCUGCAGGGUCGGACCUGCUGCUGAGAUACUUGGCACUUCGAUGACGUCUUGCGUUGCAGAGAUGUGAAUUUUGCUGAAUCUUGAGCAGAGUUCUUAACUGUCCGGUUAUGGAAGAGAAUUGUGGGGUUAUGAGCCCUUUCGAAGUUGGCAGUUCAGAGACGGAGAAUAAAGAAUUGUGUGUUUUGGAUGCAGAAAAGAAGGGGGGAGAUAAGGAAAGGGAGCCUCCGAGAAGGAAAACUAAAUUAAACCCGAUGAGGAAUAAAGCAUCUCCUUCUUUGGCCAAAGAUCACCCUGGUCGGCUCGCCGGUCUGGGAGAAAACGACAAAGGACAUGGAACUAAAAUCUUCCUUCAACGCCAGAAAAGUUUCCAUUCGGACUCCAACCUCAUAGCUCAUUGCACCAGCUACGUCAAGGAGCAGCCCUUCAAAUGCGAGAAGUGCGGGAGGAGUUUCGGCUUGAGCAUGCACCUCAGCGCCCAUCGGCGGAUGCAUGCGCAGGAGAAGCCCUUUAAAUGCUCCCAGUGCAGCAAAAGCUUUGGUGCCAUGACCAGCCUCGCCAGUCACCAGCGGAGCCACACGGGAGAGAAACCCUACAAGUGCUCAGAGUGCGGCAAGAGCUACGCUUCCAGCACCAGCAUGGCUUACCACCAGAGGACGCAUCGCGGGGAGAAACCUUACAAGUGCUUGGAAUGCGGCAUCGGCUUCAGCUUGAGCACCAGUCUCAUUUCCCACCAGAGGAUCCACACGGGGGAGAAACCCUACAAGUGCCUGGAGUGCGGGAAGAGCUUCCGGGUGAGCACAAGCCUCACCUCCCACCAGCGCAUCCACACGGGGGAGAAGCCCUACCAGUGCCUGGAUUGCGAGAUGAGCUUCUGGCGGAGUUCGGAUCUCAACACCCACCAGAGGAUCCACACGGGGGAAAAACCCUACCAGUGCAUGGCGUGUGGGAAGAGCUUCCGGGUCAGCUCCAGCCUCACUUCCCAUCAGAGGACCCACACGGGGGAGAAACCCUAUACCUGCUCGCAGUGUGGGAAGAGCUUCACCAGGAGCACACACCUCAAUGCUCACCAACGGACCCACAGGGCAGCAGCCGUGUGAAUACUUAAGUCUGGAUGCGCCUGAGAGCAGAUCUCAUUGAGGAAUUCUCUCAAGACACAACCCCCCUUCCCCCAAGCUUUGAAUGUAUGGAACGAGUUUUAAUUUUUAGUGUACCGUAUUAAUGUUAGAAGUGGUGCGGUGGCCUAGGGGUGGAGCGCUCGCCUCACAAUCAGGAGGCUGUGAAUUCGAUCCUGGGUAG